GCUCCUUGAUGACGUCCUUCCGGUUCCACCGUAACAACACGUGUGCGGGUGUACAGUGUCGCGCUGAAGGGAAUAACAGCAGCUAAACUUCAGCUUUCAGACACCGUCGCGUGGUCUGUUCAUUUUUUUGUUUGUGGAAGGCUUUUGCCGACUAAACAGCCAAGAUGGUGAAGCCUCUAUUCAAGGGGAAAAGCUCGAUAAACCCCUCCACCUCCAGCAGCAACCCUGAUCGAGCCAAGGGUGCUGGAGGGAACAACAUGAGGGACAGAACCACCAUCAAGCGUCUGAAUAUGUACAGACAGAAGCUGAGAUGUAAUGACCGUGGGAAAGUCAUCAGACCUCUACAGUUCCAGUCCACAGUGGCUCCAGGGACUCAAGCCAGAGUGGAACCCAACAUCAAAUGGUUUACAAAUACGCGUGUGAUCAAGCAGUCGUCCCUACAGAAGUUCCAAGAAGAGAUGGGAGCCGUACAGAAGGAUCCAUAUCGUGUUGUGAUGAGACAAAGCAAACUCCCCAUGUCCCUCUUGCAUGACAGAGUCAAAGCCCAUAACUCCAAGUGUCACAUUCUAGACACGGAGGGUUUUGAGACCACAUUUGGGCCCAAAGCUCAGAGGAAGAGGCCCAGUCUCAUGGUAGGGGACAUGAAGGACCUCUUGGAACAGGCUGAGGCCUCGGGCCAGACCUACAAUGCAGACAACGACAAAGACCUGGUGACUGAGGACACAGGGGUCCGGGUGGAGGUACGUGAGGAAAUCUUCAAAAAGGGUCAGUCCAAGAGGAUCUGGGGAGAACUUUACAAGGUGAUCGACUCAUCAGAUGUCAUCAUCCAAGUGCUGGACGCCCGUGAUCCCAUGGGAACGCGCUCCAAGAGCAUAGAGUCAUACAUGAAGAAAGAGAAAUCUUGGAAACAUCUGAUCUUUGUUCUAAACAAGUGUGACCUCAUCCCCGCCUGGGUCACGAAACGGUGGGUAGCUGUUUUAUCCCAAGAGUGCCCGACUCUGGCUUUCCAUGCCAGCCUCACCAACUCGUUUGGUAAGGGCUCCCUCAUCCAGCUGCUCAGACAGUUUGGCAAGCUCCACACAGACAAGAAGCAGAUCAGUGUGGGUUUCAUUGGCUACCCUAAUGUGGGUAAGAGCUCAGUCAUCAACACACUGCGGUCUAAGAAGGUCUGCAAUGUGGCGCCCCUCGCCGGAGAAACAAAGGUGUGGCAGUACAUCACUUUGAUGAGGCGCAUCUUCCUCAUUGACUGUCCCGGUGUUGUCUACCCUUCAGAUGACAGUGAAUCUGAUAUUGUCCUGAAAGGAGUGGUUCAAGUGGAGAAGAUCAAGAACCCAGAGGAGCACAUUGGGGCCGUACUGGAGCGGGCCAAGCCAGAGUACAUCCAGAAGACCUACCGCAUCCCCACCUGGACCUCUGCUGAAGACUUCCUGGAGAAGCUUGCAUUUCGCACUGGGAAACUUAUGAAGGGCGGUGAGCCAGAUAUCUCCACCGUCUCCAAAAUGGUGUUGAAUGAUUGGCAGAGAGGACGCAUCCCCUUCUUUGUGAAACCCCCUGGACCUGAGGGAGAUCAAGAGGGCAAGCAGCUGUUGCCAGUUAAAGGACCCGCAGAGGUCGUGGAGAAGGUGCAGGAGGAACAGCCAGACAAUCCGGACGCCAUCUCGGAGGAACAUGAGCAACAGCAGCAGCGGCAGCAGAGACAGAAGGAGCAGGUCCAGAAGAUUCUGUCUAACGUGCGACAGAACUUCGGCAAGAUCAACGUGGCGCCUGAGUUCAGCGAGCAAGACAUGGUUCCUGUGGAGAUGCCUGACCUGGGGCUGUCUGACUUAUCUGGCUCCGAUGGCGAGGGAGACGGUGAAGAAGGAGAAGAGGAGGAGGGUGGGGAGGAAGGUGGGGAGGAAGGUAGGGAGGAAGACGGGGAGGAAGACGGGGAGGAAGACGGGUCCAAUGUUGAACCAGCCGAUGGAGAGCCGGAGGGCUCCGAGCCAGCAACCGCUCAGACUGGCAAAGCAAACAGCAGCAAGAGUUCACGCGAGGUGAUUCGUGAAUUGGAUGACAAGAUCUCUAAGUACAAGCAUUUCCUGGACCGGGCCAAAUCCAAACGCUUCUCUGCAAUCCGGAUACCUAAGGCUCUUUCUGACAAAGCGUUCACGGACAUCAAGACUAAACAAGCGGCAGCAGCAAAGCAAGCACAGCAGAAAGAUGCAACCCAGAGGAGCAAGAAGAGGAAAGCUGAGGAGGACGAGGAGUCCGCCCCAGCCCACAGACUGACGUCUAAACAGAGAAGAGCGAUGGACCGCGCUACGAGGGUGAAGAAAGUUGGCGUGCGCUAUUAUGAAACACACAAUGUGAAGAACAAGAACAAGAACAGGAAGGCCCCAGCAGCAGCCACAGAGGGCAAAAAGGCUAAAAGACCAAAGCACUAGACCGGACUCGUAAAACACAACGUUUGUAAUAAAUCUUUAUUUAAACUAGCCAAAAAGGCCAUGUUUUUAUCGAAAGUGUAGAGUUGAUAGAAGGUGGAGUGCUGACUAAGUGUUAAAUGGUCUUUAUCAAGUGGCCACUUGAUGCCUUAUCUUGACCUUGACUGUCCUUCUGGGGAAACGACUUGUUUGUAUCUCAACUUUCUUUUUCCCUUCAACCCAGAACUGUUUUUGAAUGACAUUUCAUUCAUCAUUUACAGGUGAAAUGCUCUUUUGAUGUUCAAGAGAAAUGUACAGUUUACUGAUUGAACUGUACUUGUCAUAACAUGCUGUAAUAAAAUAUGUGCUAAUUACA